AUGUUGGCGACGCCAGCGAGGGUCGCGGCUCAGUGGAGAAGCAGCCUGCUUUCCAUCCGGGGCGGCGGGAGGGGGCUGUGGACCGGCCGCCUGCAGUCAGGCAUUGACAAUAUGAAGCCACUGGAAGGCAUAAGAAUUUUGGAUCUUACAAGAGUACUGGCGGGGCCUUUUUCAACUAUGAAUUUAGGAGAUCUUGGAGCAGAAGUUAUAAAAGUGGAAAGACCAGGAGUUGGCGAUGACACACGAUCUUGGGGACCACCUUUUGUCGGGUCAGAAAGUACUUAUUUUCUCAGUGUUAACCGAAACAAAAAAAGCAUAGCUGUUAAUAUCAAGGAUCCAAAAGGGGCAGAAAUCAUCAAAGAGCUUGCAGCUGUUUGUGAUGUAUUUGUGGAAAACUAUGUCCCUGGCAAACUGUCUGACAUGGGCCUGGGCUAUGAAGAUAUAGACAAGAUUGCUCCUCACAUCAUCUAUUGCUCCAUAUCAGGGUAUGGUCAGACAGGUCCAAUGUCUCAGCGAGCUGGUUAUGAUGCUGUUGCCUCUGCUGUUUCUGGUCUGAUGCACAUCACAGGGCCUGAGGAUGGAGAUCCUGUUCGCCCAGGAGUGGCUAUGACUGACCUUGCCACUGGUCUGUAUGCAUACGGAGCCAUCCUGGCUGGAUUGAUACAAAGAUAUAAGACUGGGAAAGGACUGUUUAUUGAUUGUAACCUACUGUCUUCUCAGGUGGCAUGCUUGACCCAGGUAGCUGCUAAUUAUCUUAUGGGCCAAAAGGAAGCUCAACGCUGGGGCACGGCUCAUGGAAGUAUUGUUCCUUACCAGGCUUUUAAAACCAAGGAUGGCUAUCUUGUAGUUGGAUCAGGAAAUAACCAACAGUUUGCUACCAUGUGCAAGAUCUUAAAUCUCUAUGAAUAUUUGGAAUCCUGUAAAUAUGUAUAGAGCACUAAUUAUCAAAACCUUCAAAAUAAAAAACAAAAAAUGAAAAUGCUAUCAAGUCGGUUUGCAGAAGAAAUGACCAGCAAGUGGUUGAAUCUCUUUGAAGGCAGUGGGAUCCCAUAUGGCCCAAUCAACAACAUGAAGAGUGUGUUUGCAGAACCCCAGGUAUUGCACAAUGGCCUUAUUAUGGAGAUGGAGCACCCGACUGUGGGGAAGAUAUCAGUCCCAGGCCCAGCUGUGAGAUACAGCAAGUUCAAGAUGUCAGCGGCCAGGCCACCUCCCUUGCUCGGGCAGCACACAGUGCAUGUCCUGAAGGAAGUCCUUAGAUACAAUGACAGCACCAUCAGGGAACUGCUCAGCGCUGGAGUGGUGAUCCAACAUGAAGCCAAAUGA